UAGACAAAAAAAAGUAGAAGGAUUCUGAGAAGCAAACCGAGUGGGACUCGAAUCAAGUCCGUCCUUUCAUCAUCAGUCAGUAGAAAAAAGAGGAGAAAAGAAUCCCCGAGCGCCCAAUCCAAUCCACUUCUUCGCGUAUCCGAAUCAGGAGUAUAAGUUACCCAAGAACUCUUACCCUCUGUUUCCAUCCAAAGUUGUAACUUUUCUAAUUAAUUAAAGCCUACGGAUGCCUGUAGAUCAUGAAGUCCGGCGGUACACCUGAGAAUAAUCGGACUAUAACCGAAGCUCCGUAUCUUCCUCCUCCGGCAUUGGCUCUUUGCAAGUCGUCCAAGAUUGAUUUUGCCUAUACGGAGGCCUGUAGCCUGGCCUGGACAAUGAGCUUAUGGAGUCUAGCUAUACACCCAGCAUAUCUGUGCUCGCUGGUCCUCAGAGCUUUGCCUAGGCUGCUACGCCUCACUCCAGGUUCACUCAAGAAAUCCUGCAAGCAUCCUCUACCGAUCAAGACUACUGAGGGCGCAUCGCCUGAUCUGCCUCAGGAUAUCUUGAUGGGUAUAUUUGCCACCCUCGAGAUCCCUGACCUCGUCCGUGCCGGCUCGGUUUGCUCCUCCUGGCGCUCCGCGAGCUCCAGCCUGCGCAGCCUUGGGCACUACACGCGCCCCCAGACGCCGUGCCUCCUCUACACCUCUGAAUCUGCCGGCGAGAGCGUUGCUUGCCUCUACAGCCUCGCGGAGAAGCGGACGUACAAGCUAACUCUUCCAGGGCCACCUAUCAGAAAUAGACAUCUGAUUGGGUCUUCGCAAGGCUUGCUUGUAACAGUUGAUGACAGAUCUGAGAUGCACCUUGUCAAUCCCCUCACUGGCGAACAGAUUGAUCUUCCUCCGGUGAUCACCAUGGAGCAUGUGAAACCCAUCUAUAAUGACUCUGGUGCUCUUCACGAGUACGAGUACUCAUACCACAGCGGAAUGAUGGUUUACGCUUCGCCAUCGAUCUUGGCUCUUGGAGAGCUGAGGAACACGCAUCACCAUAAAGCUUUUGUGUUCUCUGAUAAAUGCAAUGGAUACAUUGUGGUGCUCAUACACGGUCCAUUUUGUCAGCUCUCAUUUGCAAGGGCAGGGGAUAAUAGUUGGAGAUGGCUGCCACCAUGCACCCACUAUGAUGAUUGCAUUUACAAGAACGGCCUGCUGUAUGCAGUUACUUCAUUCGGAGAAAUCCACACUUUCGAUCUAAGUAGCCCUUUUGUUACGACGAAGACGAUUGUACCGGCGUGUAAGUAUGAGGAGCGGUUUCUGAAUAGUUACAUUGUACAAGCUCCAUGGGGCAAUCUUCUUCAAGUGUGGAGAUUAUAUGAGCACUGUGAUUUAGAACCCGAGCCUGGGGCAUUUGUGUUUUGGAACACUGGAGAAGUUAUAAUAGAUGAAUUCGAUGCUUCAGGAAAGGAAAUUGAGAAAAUCAGUUGCUUGUGCGACCAUGUGUUGUUUCUUGGACACAAUCAAUCACUUUGUCUUACUGCUGAAGACUAUCCAGCUCUCAAGGGAAAACAUGCCUACUUUACCGAUGACAGUGUGUUGUGGACAAAGGGAUUCAAGAACAAUCCCCGUGAUAUGGGAAUCCUAAACUUGGGUAAUAACAGCAGGGAGGAAGUUUUGUCUCCCGAGCUUUGGUCCAACUGCCCGGCUCCAGUGUGGAUUACACCCAAUCUUAGAAAGAUGAACUUGGCUUUCAACGAAUAGGUUCUAGCUUCCUUUAUGUAUAAUCAUAUGUAAUAAUUAUUUGGUUUGGUAGGCGAUGGUCCUGUG